AUGCUCUGGCCUCUGGUCCCCGAAGAGGGAGCCCGCCAGCGCCUGGGCGCCCCAGCCCAGCCCCAGCUGGGGCUCUGGGAACAGCUGCAGGUGUGGCUGGGGAGGUCUGGGCAGCGCACUCCUCUCAGCCGGCCACAGGUGGCCGAGGGCGGCCGGGGCUGUGAGCCGCUGCAACUGCUGGAGGUGGCCCCCCGCAAGAGGCUGCCCGGGCUUGAGCGGGACCCGUGCGGCAGUCGCCCUGCACCCGAGGGCGCUGGGGCCGGCGCAGAGCAGGGCCACUCCGCGGGGGCAGGAGGCUGGUGCCGCCACUGCCACACGAAGCUGGCAGAGCUGAAGCGACAGGCAUGGAAGCUGGUCAGCGGGACUGGGCCUCCGCUCCGGACCCCGCCUGGCUGGGCCGUCCUUCUGGGCUGGGGUUGUCUUCAGCCCAAGCAGCCUGUGGGGCCGUUGGCGGGAGGCAGCCUUCCCGGAGAGGACGAGGCCCCCGGCCGGGCAGGGCAGUCGCUCGCGCUGCCUGGCCUGGCUGCCGCCGUGGCUGCUGUGCCCCGCUGCACCCCGAGGGGCCGCACCCCAAAGGGAGGCCGAGCCUGGUACCCAGCCGGGCAGGGGGGUGUGCCCGAGCAGCGGGUCCUUGGCUCAGCCCUGGGCGCCCUGCUGACUUGGGCCUGCCCUGAGCCAGGGUCUCGCCUCGCUGAGCCUCCGGGGGGCGAGCCAUGGGCCAGGUGGUCCCGGGGGCAGCCCGUCUGGGGCCACCUCCAUGGUCUCGGGGGGCUGCCCAGCGAGGCAGAGCUGGUGGAGGUCUGGGUGUCGGGACUCCAGGUGAUGCAGGGCCCGUCCUGCCUCCGCCCCUUCUCUGCUGGGCACUGCUGGGGCGGCGGGCUGCUACCUGAGAGGCUCAGGGCACCCUGGCGGAGACCCCCAGAGGCCGAGGUCGUCUCCCGCUCCCGGGAGAGCGUGGAGGGGGACCCCGGAGAGCUUCCUGGGGGAAGCGUUUGGUCUCUGCUAGACCUGGACCAGCAGGAGGGGAGGCAGAGCACCCUCGGCCUGGCCCCCAACCCCGCUGACGCCCAGGCAGGUGGACACGAGCUCUGUGCCGGCCACUGGCCUGCUCCAGGCUGGGCGGGCUCCGCGCCGGCAGAGUCCACCAGCUGGUGGCAGUGGAAACGGAUCACGUCGGUCCGGGCGCCGGCCUGGCCGCCGGGACCUGGCGUGCAGGUGUCGGUGGCGCCUGCCGGGCUUGGGGGAGCGCUGAGCACCGUGACCAUCCACGCACAGCAGCACCUGGAGGGCGUGUGGGGCGCAGCCGGGGCCAGCAGCCUCCUGCCGCCCUCCUGCCUGGCCGAGGCCGCGGUGGCUGCGGUGGCGGUGGCCGACACGGUCCGGGAGGGGCCCCCCACCGUGGGCCUUGAUGGCGUGUCCAAGGCGUGGGGCCGCGGCGGGGCCCUGGGCACCUCGAGUGCCGGUGGCUUCGUGGUCACCGCCUGCCGCGGCCUUGGGAGACCUGUGUGUGGGGUCAGGAGUGGUGGGGCUUCUGGCCGGGACCCCCCACUGCACCCUGUGGCCUUGAGCAAGGCUGGGACCCACCCAGAGGCGGUGCCUCGGGCUCAGUCCUCUCUCUACACCGGCCUGGGCAGCCCCAAGACCCUGCCCCGGUCCUGGGGCUCUCGGCCUCCUCGCGCCCUGGCCCCAGACCCCGACCGCCUGGGCCCCGGCCUGCUCGGCGACCCCGACUACUCGUCCAGCAGCGAGCAGUCCUGCGACACGGUCAUCUACGUGGGGCCCGGCGGGGCGGCGCUGUCCGACAGAGAGCUCACCGACAACGAGGGCCCGCCCGACUUCGUGCCCAUCGUCCCGGCCCUGAGCCGCCGCCGGCCCUCCGAGGGCCCGCGCGACGCCGACCACUUCCGCUGCAGCACCUUCGCAGAGCUGCAGGAGCGGCUGGAGUGCAUCGACGGCAGCGAGGGCCCCGAGGGCGCCCCGGCCAGCCCAGCCCGAGGCGGCAGGAGGCCCUCAGCACCCGAGGCGGCCCCCAGGAAGACGGUGGGCAGCCCCGGCCCGAGCCCCCACCGGGGCACCCUGGAGCCAGUGGCCAGUGACCAGAGAGAGGAGCUGCCCACGCUGGCGCAGCCGCCGGCCGCGGGGAGGGACCCGGAGGAGCCUGCAGGAGGCCGUGCUGGCGAGGGGGCCCGGACGCCCCCCGUGGGCUGCCCCCGCCCCUCUGCGCAGGGCCGCCGCCUGGAGCGGGGCUUGCUCACCACCACGGUCACCCUGCAGCAGCCCGUGGAGCUCAACGGCGAGGACGAGCUGGUGUUCACGGUGGUGGAGGAGCUGUCACUGGGGGCGCUCGGCAGCCCCGGCCGCCCCGCCAGCCUGGCCAGCUUUGGCAGCGACUGCUCCCUGCAGGCCCUGGCCUCGGGCUCCAGGCCGGUCAGUAUCAUCAGCAGCAUCAACGAUGAGUUCGAUGCCUACACCUCACAGGCUCCGGGGGGGACCCCGGAGGGGCCGGCCUACACGAGCGGCCCUCGGGGCUCCCCUGCUCACACCCGGCUCCACAUGGCCUAUGGCUGUGGUCCCCUGCGGCCACCCAGCCCCGACCCUUUCUGCCCCAACCCGGACAGCUCCCUGGAGCUGGGCAGCCUGCGGUUCUCAGAGCAGGGUGGACAGGACAGCCCUGGGCCGGCCCACAGCUCUCAUCCCGGGGAGGCGGCCGCCACAGCCCCCACCCAAGGCGUCAGGGAGCUGCGGGCCUGGUCCCCCCGGGGACCAGCGCCUGCCCAGACCAUCCACUCCAGCCUGCCCCGCAAACCCAAGACUACCUCAAACGCCGGCUGUGUGGGCUGUCCGCACCCGGGCCUGAGCCCACCCGGGCCCGGAGGCACCUUCGAGGACCCCUGGCGGCCACGGGGGGAGGAGCGUGGGCCUGUCCAGGCGGCCUCUGCCGGCAGGGCCCCCAGCCCAGCCCUGGCACUGGCGAGCACCUGGCGGGUGGUGGAUGGCUGUGAGGUGGUGGCCAGGGCAGCCCUCAGGCCGGAGGCUGGGGCUCCCAUCCCCCCUCUGCGGAGGGGGGCCACCACCCUGGGCGUGACCACACCUUCAGCGUCCUGCGGUGAGGAGGCCGUGGCUGGCGCAGCCGUCUCCAAGGUCGCUCCCAGCAGCAAGAAGGCCGUGGCCCCCAAGGGCGCCGUGCUCCCCAGGCUCGGCAGCUCGGCACCCCCGGCCCCGCCUGUGCGCAAGUCCAGCCUCCAGAGCAGGAGUGGCCCAGGUCUGGUGUCCCCUCCAGCUGGGGCCCUGGCCCGGGUGGGGGCCGUUGCCCCCACCCGGGGGGAGGAGGACACCAAGCCCAGUGGCCGGGCAGACCACUCGGUGGCCAGGGCCACGUCCAGCCUGAAGGUCCGGGCUGGCAAGGUGGAGGCGGCAUCCCGCCCCGCCGGCCAUGGGUCUCUGGAGCGGGGGGAGGGCCUGGCACACGGCGGGGGCAAGGCCAGGGAAGCCGCUGGGCGUCUGGGCCGGACUGUGCCCAGGCUGGGCGUGCCUCCCCCCAGUCUGCAGCGGCGGCGGCUGAUCCCCACCCCACUGCCUGACACGGCUGUGCUGGGCCGCAAGCCCAGCCUUCCUGGGCAGUGGGUGGACCUGCCCCCACCGCUGGCCGGCUCCCUGAAGGAGCCCUUUGAGAUCAAGGUGUAUGAGAUCGAUGACGUGGAGCGUCUGCAGCGGCACCGCCCGACCCCCAGGGAGGACCCCGCUGAGCCCUCCCUGGAUGUGGAGAAGGGCCUGGCGUGUGUCGGUGCAAAGCUGCGGCUGGCUGAGCGCAGACAGCAACGGCUGCGGGAGGUGCAGGCCAAGCACCAGCACCUGAGCACUGAACUGGCCCAGACGCAGGGCCGGCUGAUGGUGGAGCCUGGCCGCUGGCUGGAGCAGUUCCAGGUGGGACCCGACCUGGAGCCCGAGUCGGCCGAGUACCUGGCGGCCCUGGAGCGCGCCACGGCCGCCCUGGAGCAGUGCGUGAACCUGUGCAAGGCCCACGUCAUGAUGGUCACCUGCUUCGACAUUAGCCUCUCGGCCCCCACUGCUGCCCCGGGGCCGCAGGAGGUGGACGUCUGAGGCGGCGGGGGAGGAGGCGUGGGGCGUGGAGGGCGGAGGGUGAGCCCGAAUGUGGGUGGAUGGAUGGAGGAUGUGCAGCGCAGGGGCGCGGCGGGGCGGGAGGGCCUGGGGUCCUGCAAGAGGGCGGCGGGCGGGCGGCAGGCAGAGCACCAGAGGGAAGACUGUCGCCAGGACAGUGACCAAGUGCCUUUACCUGGACGGGCCGGCCUCUCGCUUUCGGUGCUAAGGCCGGACACCAGCAGCUGCGCGCCCAGCGCGGGCAGCGGCCGCGGCCAAGCAGCUCCAUGUGCCCGGCUCUGGGCUCCCCUUCCUAGACCACAGCUCCUCCGGGUCUGCGGGUCCACUCAGACACCCCGGGCGUGGGGGUCUCCCCGGGCCUGCUGGGUCCUGAAGAUGCUGGCCUGCGGGGGUUCCCUCAGACGCCCCGGGGCUUGGGACUGUCUACCCAGGACCUGCUGGGUCUUGAGCAUUCUGGGGUGGGGGUGUCCCUCCACAAAUGCCCCAGGGCUUGGGGAUGUCUCCCCAGGACCUGCUAGGUCCUGAGGAUGGUCGUCUGGGGUGGGGGGGUCCCUCUGCAGAUGCCCCGGGGCUUGGGGGUUCUCCCCAGGGCCCACCCUUUCCUGAGGAUCCUAGUCUGCGGGGUUCCUUCUGCAGACACCCGGGGCUUGGGGGGUCUCCCCAGGGCCCCUCCUUCCUGGAGUGCUGAGGCACAGCACGCAAGGGCUGACGGAAGGCACUAGCGCCUUCUUCCACGGCAGGAAUUCUUACCAAAACCACAAGCAAAAAAUAAUCACAAAAUAUGGGGUCUGGGUUUUGUAAGGUUCUGUGGGUUCCUAUUUUUCUACCGUCCUGGCACACACUGUCUGCAGUUGGGCAGAGGCUGUGGCUGCCUGUGUGGGCGUCCCUCGGGGUCCUUCCUGGGCUGCCGGCGUGGGCGCGUCUGUCCCGGGGCUCUUCUUGACGUGCGUGUUUUUAGGGGUGCACCUUGUACAGACAUGUACAUAGCCUCCUGCUGCAGCUUUUUUUUGUGAAUAAACAAU